CGGUUUAAUGUUAGUCAGUGUCACACUAGCUACUGACAGGUCAAUAGUUGGGGCGUUUCUCAGCGUAGUUGGAAACAGACGUCAUCACACUUCGAAUGUCUCGGCGAAUAUUUUUUUUGUCGUGAUUAUAUUUGCGCGUAUCUGAGCUGACAAAAGUACUACAAAGUGUGAUUUGAAAAUGGCUGAGGAGACCAGCUCUAGACCCAGCCUCCUCACGAGAAUGAAGGGAUAUCUUAAAGAAGCGCCGUUCUUUUGCAAAAUUAUCGAAUUGGUUCUCUGUGUCAUUGCAACGGGAUUAGUGACAGGACCAUUUCAACAGAAUCAGUUUCGACCAAAUGAUAUACAUCACAUAGCGAUAUUUCACGUGGCAGUGUGUGGUUAUAUUUUCAUAAAUGCAGUUCUUAUUAUGAGCCAUCUCUUAGGCGAAAGAUUGCCUAAAAAAACCGCUCUUAUUUUUUCGACGAUGGGCGCGAUUCUCUGUUGCACCGCCGGCCUCAUUCUGAUUCGCGACUGGGACAAUUUUUCGAGUAAUCUGAUUCACGCGUAUCUGCAGGAAUACAGCGAUCAAACGGUAGCGGCUGGUUCUUUCGCGAUCUUGGCAGCUUUAGUAUUUGCCAUAGAUACGUAUUUCACCAACAAAAACGACUGAUCGUUCAUAGAUUUCGAUCAUCGUCAUUGUAAAGAGCGAGAGGGAACCAAUCGGUUUGUUGUUACAAUCCUGCUUUAUUAAAGCUAUUAUUUCACUGAUUAUUUUUUUUGUUCUACCGUAUCGAUUUUUGUGAAAAAUGUUCUUAGCUUCUUAAGUGUUUUUGCUAAUAUUAUCUUCGUUAGCAUAUCAAGAAAAUGAUCAUGAGAUCAUUUUAAAAUAAAAAUGUAAAAUUUAUCUUAAAAAUGUGGCAUUUGUAAUUGCUUUUUAUUAACAAGCACAUUUAUUUUAUUAUGUAUUUCAUGGAAUAUACAAUGCUUACAAUGAA